AUGAAGGAGGGCACGUGGCGGUGGUACCGUACUGCGGAGCUGGGCAUUGCGGACCAUGCAUGCGUGCUGUUUGGUGCUCACAUUGGAAUUUUGCUUUUGCUCGUGCGCCUCGGGAAGAACCCAACCGAAAUGUUCCAACCGACGCUGCUGAGGGAAAUGGCUUCCCUCCCAGGAGCAAGGGGCACAAUUGGCGAAACGGCGAGGCGUGAAGGCAGUGGUCAGGCGACGAGGGUGGUGGACGCGGACAAGAGCGCUCAAGGUGGCGAGGCGAAACAGACAGCAACAGGAGGUGGUGCUGCUGCUGCGGGCGGUUCUGCUGGCAAAUCAGGCGAUGGUGAUGGUGAAGGCAGGGCAGGUGGCAAGGAGGAGGAGGGGCAAGGAGGUGUGGAAUCGGAAGGGAUGGGGAGUGGUGCUCGGGGAGAGGGGGAGAGAGUGCAGGUGAGGCAGGGUGGUGGGAAGACAGAGAAGGCGACAGGUGGGGGUGAGACAGAAGGUGGUGGUGGCUCUGUUGUUGAGGAGGGGAAGACAGAGGAGAAGGGCGAGCAAGGAGGAGAGGAUGUGAAGGGUUGUGUGCUGCCUCCCACGCACGUUGCAGGUCCCUCCCCUGCCACCACUUCUGCUUACUGCGCACAGCGUGUGGCUGCAGGCACCCAGCUCACCCCUGCUGACCCCACUCCUCCCCACUCUGCUUUCAGCAGCAGCCUCUACCCUCUUGCUGCUGCCACCAACCCUUUCGCCAUGCAGCUUCCCUCUGUAGCCCCAACUGCUCUGCCUGCUGCUGCUGCCCCAACAGCUACUGCCGCUCCUCCUGCCUCGGUGGCAGCACCAGCAAUAGCAUCUCAUGGCGUGGCAGCUGCACCCUAUGCCAUUCCCCCUGGUGGUCCUCGCAUGCGCACUGCGGGAGGCAUGGCACGCACGGGAGGGGCGUUGAGUGUGGGGCCUGCAGAUGCUGUGCUGCCGGUGCAGCCGAGCGUGGGUGUGCAUGGCGGCAUGGCAGGUACAGGGGUGAAUGCCCAGGUGGCUGUGGAGGAAGCAGCAAGAGUGACACCACGCACUGAUCCGGAAGAGCACAGAGGGCCUGCACCUAUGGAUGUGGAGGAGGGAAAGAGUGAGAGCGUGGAGAAGUAG